CCAGAGCAGCGGGAGUACUUCCAGGUGCUGGUGCGGAUCCAUGAAGGGGCUGACAACACGCCGCCCAAGCCCAGCUUCCUGGUACUGCUUAUAAUGGAGCCGGACCUGUUUGCGUCCACAGCCCUCACCCCGGACGUGCCGGUGGCUGAGGACCUGGAGACCCCUGCGGACCUCCUGAUCUUCAACCUCACCUCUGCUUGGCCCAGUGACCCGCGGCAGCAAGGCUUCCUGCUCAGCACCGAUGACCCCAGUCACUCCCUCCUUGCCUUCAUGCAGCAGGAGGUGAGGGAGCUGAAGAUUGCCUACCAGCCCCCUACUCUGGACUCAGACCAGGAGCGGCUUUUCCAGGUGGAAAUGGAAGUGCUGGACCCUGACAGUGCCUUCUUACAGCCUUUUGCUUUCAUGAUCCUGGUAAAGCCCAAGAACACAUUGGCCCCUGUGGCCACUUUCAGUCAUGUGGCUGGCCCACAGCUGAUGCUCUUUGAGGGUCAGUCACAACCUCUGUCUGGCAACUUGCAGAUCAGUGAUGAGGAAAAUCUGAAAGAGGUGAAGAUCUGGGUCACACAGGGUCUGUGAUACGGGAAGCUCAAGGUACUGGGUGUACCACCCCGUCGCAAGUACUUCACUGCUGCAGAGCUAGCAGCAGGGCAGGUGAUUUACCAGCAUGAUGGCAGUGAGCACAGCUACAGUGACAACAUUGUGUUCCACGUGGCAGACAGGCAGCUCCAGGUCAAAUUUCUGUACCCCAUCACCAUUGCUCCUGAUGACGAUCAGCCACCAUUGCUGAAUGCAAAUACAGGGCUGGUGCAGAGCAAGCACCAAACUAUCCAAAUCUCACCUUUUGUCCUCAGUGCUACAGACAUUGACUCUGAUGAUACCUCUGUCUGAUUUGUUGUGGUUGGGGACUGCAGUGUCCCUGCUACACUCCCACCACUUUGGUGAGCUGCUGCUGUGCCAGGCAGAGCAACCAGCAUCUUAUGAGAGCAAGGAAAGUGGAGCAGGGAUGAACAGAUGUAUGAGAGGGUAGUGAACGAGUGGUUGCAGCAGGACAUCCUCGAUGGGAGGCUGUUCUUCAGGCACACGGGAUCUCACAGUGCCAGCCCGGUGAUGGGCCACAUUGUGUUCCAGCUGCAGGAUGACUGUGACCUCCCUAACCAGUCAGGGGAGGAUGUGCUUCCUGUCAAAGUCCAACCGGUAGACAACCUGCCACCUGCAGUGUACCCAGGGACUAGCCUGCAGAUGACAGAGCAGGAAUACCAGCUAUUUAAGAAGCACUAUUUACAGUACACUGACCUGGAUACAGAUGACAGGGAGCUGAAGUACACUUUACUGACACCCCCAACUGACACAGAUGAGAACAACUCUGUGGUCACUGGAGAGAUUGUGUUGGCCGACAGUCCCGAGACGUCCAUUGCGCGUUUCACCCAGGCCCAGGUCAAUCAGCACAAGGUGGCAUGUCGACCCCUGGAGCUGGGGAUCGCACCACGGGUGGUUCAGUUGAUAUUCCUUGUAGAGGACUCAGCUGGCAAUUCUCUACAAGGUACCCUUACUCUCUUCCUGCAGCCAGUGGACAGCCAGCCACCUCAGAUCACCAAUACAGGCUUCAAUGUGCUUAAGGGAAACAGCUUCCUUCUCACCAGCAAUCAACUGGAUGCCAGAGAUGAGGAUGCAUCUACAGAUGAGAUUGUCUUCACUGUAACUCAGGCUCCAGAGCACGGCCAUUUACAUUAUCUGGAGGAGGGUCUGAUGGUGCAAGGGUAAUCUUUCCUGCUAGAUGAUAUUGCUGGUGGGCUCAUCUCCUACCAGCACAGCGGCAAUGAGUUUGCCAGUGAUUUUUAUCAGUUGGAAGUGAGUGAUGGAGUCCAUCAUGUGCCAGUCACAGUCAGGAUUGCUGUGCAGCCUGUGGAUGAUGAAAACCCAAGUAUCGCUCUCCCUGGUGGUCACAGGUGGGUGGGAGCAGCCAUUGAUGUCCUGGAAAAUGAUGCUACUGAAAUGACUAUGUCGCUUAUCUAGGGUACAGAUAAGGAUACAGAUGACUUGGUGCUGACCUUCAUUGUGCAGGAUCCCCCCAAGCUGGGUGACAUCCUCGUGGAUGGAGUGCAAUCAGAAAAGUUUACCCAGCAUGACCUCAUCGGCAGAGCAGUAGCUUAUGCUCACACCAGUGGAGAGAUUGGCUUGAAAAAGAGGUAUGAUUCUUUCAGUCUCACUGUUUCUGACCUCACCAGUGAAUGGGUGGUGGGAGACAGCACAGUACAAAGGGUGGCUGUGACUAUAUUGCCUGUGGACAGCAUUGCACCUGAAGUGAUGGUUGCGGCAGAGCCGCUCAGUGUCCUUGAGGGAGGGAAGAGUACUCUAACUCUUGAUCAGCUGGAUGUGGAGGAAGUAGAUACUCCCAGAGAUGACAUCUUGUGCAUUGUCACAGUUCAAUCCACUUCAGGAUAUUUGGAGAAUGUCUCUCCAGCCCCAGGGUCUGAGAAGUCUAGAGCUGGUACUGCCAUUAGUGCUUUUUCCAUCCAAGAUGUUCAUCUAGGCUAUGUCAGCUAUGUGCAGAGCAUUCAUAAAGGGGUGGAGCCUGUGGAGGAUAGAUUCACUUUCCAGUGUUCUGAUGGUGUUAAUUUCUCACCUCACCAGUUCUUCCCCAUCAUCAUCAUCAUCAUCCCCGCGAAUGAUGAAAAGCUGGAACUGUUUAUGUGUGAAUUCAUGGUGCUUGAGGGGAUGAGCCCGGUGAUUGACACUCCCAUCCUCAACUGAGCUGAUGCAGACAUGUCUCCACAUGAGCUGUGUUUUGUUAUUCUUGUCCCUCCUAAGCGUGGGCAGUUUGUGCGGCAGCUGUCCACAGGCACUGUGCCUGUUCACAGCUUCACGCUGGAGGAGAUCCAGGAGGCUUCCAGCAUUGUGCAUGAACAUGAUGACUCAGAGACGAAAGAAGAUAGCUUCCAAAUUCAGCUGACUGAUGGACGCCACACAGUGGAGCAGAACAUGCUGAUUAUGGUGAUCCUGGUAGAUGAUGAGAUUCCCAGGAUGGCAAUCAACAGUGGUCUGGAAGUAGAGACUGGCAAGUCAAAGUUUAUCUCUAGUCAAGACCUUAAAACCACAGACAUCGAUUCAGAGGACAAGAGCCUUGUUUAUGUCAUCCAUUUGCCACCUGUGCGGGGUUUCUUACAGCCUGAACAGAGACAAGAGGAAGUGCUGCACAAUGUUACACAAGGCACAAACUUCACACAGGAUGAUUUAGACCAGGGUUUUAUCCACUAUGUUCAUACUGGCCUACAUGGAGUGCGUGGUCUGAUUAAAUUUGAUAUUACUGAUGGUAUUAAUGCGCUGAUAGACAGGUACUUCUAUAUUACCAUUGGUAGCAUUGAUAUAGUCUUCCCUGAGGUGAUCAAUAAGGGUAUAACUCUGAUCUGCUCAGCACAAGUGAUGUUUAACAAUUCUGAUGAAAAUUUGCAUUUCAGUGUCACCCAGUCCCCAACCUGGGGCCAUCUAGAGAAUUCAGACAGUCCUGGAGUACCCGUUGUUUCCUUUACUCAACUCCAACUUGCUGGCAACAGGAUUUACAACAUUCACACUGCAGAGGAUGAGGUGAAGAUGGACAGUUUUGAGUUUGAAGUGACAGAUGGGUAUAACCCAGUCUUCUUUACCUUCAGGGUCCCCAUCACAGAUGUGGACAAUAAAAAGCCAGUUCUAACUAUUGGUGACCUGGUUGCUGAGGAAGGGCAGACUAGGCUGAUCACCCCUUUUGAACUGACUGUGGAAGAUGGGGAUACGCCCGGCCAUUUACUCCUAUUGACAGUCACUCAGGUUCCAGGGCAUGGCCAGAUAUUCUACAACAGCUACCCAGUCACCAGCUUCACCAAACAAGACUUGAAUGAGAAUCUUAUCAGCUACAGACAUGAUGGUACAGAAACCAGCCAGGAUAGUUUCUCCUUCUCUGUGACUGAUGGGACCCACACAAACUUUUGUGUUUUCCCUGACACUAGCAAGGAGAUCCAUCAACCCCAGAUGAUGAAGAUUCAGAUCAGUUCACUGGACAAUAGAGUGCCACAGUUACUGGUGAACAAGGGUGCCCUUACUCUGACGACUCCAGCUGGGCACCGAGGCUUCCUGAUCAUUAGUAAGGCACUAAAGGCAGAGGAUCGAGACAGUCCACACAAGCUGUUAAAAUACAAAAUAACAGAUGGGCCAGAGCAUGGCUUCCUCAUUAAUACCAGCCUUGGAAAUGAGAGCAUUAGAACAUUUAUGCAAGCUGAUAUUGAUGAAAUGAAGAUCAGCUACGUCCUGAAGGAAGGUGAUAAUGCUACCAGUGACAUCUUCUAUUUCUCCAUUGAAGACAAUGGGGGGAACAUGUUAAAGAAGCAGCUAUUUCGACUGAACUGGGCUUGGAUUUCACUGGAGAAAGAGAACUACGUCGCAGAUGAGAACUCCAGAUUUCUGGAGGUGACCAUCAGACGCAGAGGAUAUCUGCGAGAAACCUCUUUUAUCAGUAUUGGAAUCAAAGAUGGUACAGCAGUAAAGGAUAAAGACUUGAAGGGGAAACCUCAGAAACAGGUCCAGUUCGAUCCAGGGCAAGCUUUGGCUACCUGGAGAGUGAGGAUAUUUGCAGACAAUAAAUAUGAGGCAUCUGAAACAUUCCAGAUUGCUCUGUCUGAUCUGGUUAUGGCUGCCCUUGUUCCAGCAAUAGCAGUGGUUGAAAUCGUGGAUCCUGGUGAUG